GUGGUGAGAUGUCAGAAUUAGGAUUCCUUUUGGAAAAUGCCAAACCGGAGGUUUGCUGAUGGCGAGGUGGUGAUGGGCCGUUGGCCAGGAAGCGUUCUGUACUAUGAAGUACAAGUGGCUAGUUAUGAUGAUGUUUCUCAUCUUUACACUGUUAAGUACAAAGAUGGGACUGAACUUGCGUUGAAAGAAAGUGAUAUAAGGUCACAAUCAUCAUUCAAGCACAGGAAGAGCCAGUCCUCUUCAAGUUCUCCGUCCAGAAGAAGUACUAGCAGAUCUCGAUCUAGAUCUCCUGGUCGGCCAGCAAAAGGCAGACGUCGUUCUUCUUCCCAAAGCAGAGAACAUAAAGAUGACAAAAAGAAAACCAUUCAGGAAACCAACUUAGCUCUACUGAAACUGAGUGAGAAUAACACCAGAAGGUACAAUGGUGAACCUGACAGUACAGAAAGGAAUGACACAUCCUGCAUAAUCUUGGAGCAAAAGUUGAAACCAGACCUGGAAAUAGAGCGUGUGCUUGAACAGUACAGCUUGCAUCCAAGAAAAGAAGAAAAGAAAAAAGAAGAGAGACAUUCGGAGAAAAAGUUUUUUGAGACAAUAAAAACGAUUGAGAAAGCAUCAUCAAAAACAAAGGAGCUAGAGUUUGGUGGAAGAAUUGGGACCUUCAUGCUGAUAUUUUUCCUGCCUGCUACUGUAUUAUACUUGCUGUUGAUGUGCAAACAAGAUGACCCCAGUCUUAUGAACUUCCCUCCUCCUCUCCCAGCACUUGAAAGUCUUUGGGAGGUUAGGGUGUUUGGUGUUUUUCUUCUGUGGUUUUUCCUUCAAGCUCUGUUUUACUUGCUGCCAAUUGGAAAGGUUGUAGAAGGCCUGCCUCUUCCAAAUGGAAGGAAACUGCAGUACCGGAUAAAUGGGUUUUAUGCUUUUAUUUUGACUGCUGCAGCUAUCGGAGCUUUAUUAUACUUUCAGUUUGAACUUCAUUAUUUGUAUGAUCACUUCAUGCAGUUUGCAGUGUCAGCUGCAGCUUUUUCUAUGGUGUUGAGCAUUUAUCUGUAUAUUCGGUCCCUGAAAGCACCUGAGGAAGAACUAGCACCAGGUGGAAAUUCUGGGUAUUUUGUUUAUGAUUUUUUUACUGGACAUGAAUUAAACCCUCGUAUUGGCAGUUUUGACCUCAAAUACUUCUGUGAGUUGCGUCCAGGAUUAAUUGGCUGGGUUGUCAUAAACUUGGCAAUGCUCUUCGCCGAGAUGAAGAUACACAAUCAAAGUAUGCCGUCUCUGUCAAUGAUACUUGUGAACAGCUUUCAGCUUCUGUAUGUGGUGGAUGCUCUUUGGAAUGAGGAAGCUAUUUUGACUACAAUGGAUAUUACCCAUGAUGGAUUUGGAUUCAUGCUAGCAUUCGGAGAUUUGGUGUGGGUUCCGUUUGUCUACAGUCUGCAGGCCUUCUAUUUAGUUGGUCAUCCUACUGCAAUUUCUUGGCCUGUUGCUGCUGCAAUUACUAUUCUGAACUGUAUUGGGUAUUACGUAUUCCGUAGUGCAAAUUCUCAGAAAAAUAAUUUCCGAAGGAAUCCGGCAGAUCCCAGAUUGGCCUAUCUGAAAUUUAUACCCACUGCAACUGGAAAAGGGCUUCUUGUCACGGGUUGGUGGGGUUUUGUUCGUCACCCUAAUUAUCUUGGUGACAUCAUCAUGGCUCUAGCGUGGUCCCUACCCUGUGGUUUUAAUCACAUCUUACCAUAUUUCUACGUGAUAUAUUUCAUCUGCUUGCUUGUUCAUCGAGAAGCUCGUGAUGAACAUCAUUGUAAGCAAAAAUAUGGCGUGGCAUGGGAAAGGUAUUGUCAGCGUGUACCAUACCGCAUAUUUCCUUACAUCUACUAGAGCACUCCAGAUGCCUGAUUUGCAGAUUACUUCUAAAGUUAGUUUCUUUGCAAAUAAAAAUAUACCUCUUACCUUUGCACUUGGUCUAUUUGUUAUUUAGGCUUUUUUAAAAAAAAAAAAAAAA